ACAGGGGGAGUUAUGUGAGUGAGUGUUAAGGUGUAAAAUGCGGUGACGACAAUAUUACAUAGUUUCUUAUAAGACAGGUAACCAGGAGAGUAGCCUCAAUCUAGUUUACAGAGUUAUCAUACAGGUUGCAGGGCCUCAGGUGGUUGUUUUGCUUAAGCAGAGACAAUAAACAGGUAUGUGAUCCUGAACUGGGUCAUACACGCACAACUCACUUUCUCAGCCAAGAGGAAAACAUCAGUUAAAGCUCACAAAGAGAAUCGUUGUACGGAGAUGCUGUGUAGAUUGUUGUUUAAUGAAGUUCUCAACAAUUAAUUAGUUUUGAUCAACUGCCGUAUGUAGUACCUGAUAUGAAUUAAGUUCCACACCACGUUUUCUGCACACCUCUUUUCUCUAUUGUAAUGUUACCGACCCAAGAAGGGAUGUACUGCAGUAUGAUCUUUACUGACCUAGUGUGGGAAAUUUUGUUUACAAACACUUUUUGAUGUAUGAAUCACAGGAUUUCAAUUCUAUCGUUGGAAUACGUUAAUUUAUCUGACUAUAUAAUUAAUAUAAACGCUUUUUAACCUUAAAAAAAAAAAGUACAAAAAACACAUUGCUAUAUUUGGUUUAAUGACUUAAAUAUUUUGUUUCACUUUGAUUUAACGAUAUGGCUUUGGACAACUCUGGUUCAUCUAGGAAAGGGUCUCCAAUAGAUCGUGAUCAGUCCGAAGGAAAACCUUCUUUUAAAUAUAGUUUCGCUUAUGAGAGGGCAACUCUGUAUGAAUACAAGUUCGAACGACAGGCGGAGCCCGAUGAAGUUAAUCCAUGUCUCAGGUGUAACAAAACCGUGUCACGUCCCGAUGAAACGGUUAGCAUUGGACCUGAUGUACAGUUUCAUAAACAAUGUUUUCGAUGUCGAAUCUGCGGCAUGCCUCUCACCCAACAGACAUUCUAUCGCAACGACCGCAUCAACGGCAAUAUGGACAAAGAAGUUUACUGUAAGACUCAUGUUGGUAAAACCCCUGGAGAGAUAGAAGGAGCCACUAUAAAACAAACGACGGCACCUGUUCGUGGGGGCAGCAAAGAUUCACCAAAUUCCAAAUAUAUCAUUCAAAUCCAAGGAAAAUCCAAGAAGCCAACUUCUCCCGAGUCUGUGACGUCAGCAAGAAAUGCCAGUCCCUCCACCACAUUUGGAUCAUCCAACUACACAAUGAACGGAACCGGUGGGUCUCUCACUUCAGUCACACCUCGCUCGUUUGACUACACCACUUCUAUGGGUAACCAUAGCAACCAAUCAUUUGCACAUCCCAAGAAUGUAUUGGUUAGUUUUGAGGACUUUGAACGUAGUGGUGUGUUUGAAGCCCAGGUACAUCUUGAACAAAGACACAGAGAAGAAGAAGAACGGCUGCAACGAUUCCUUUCUGAAGAACGGGAAAAGGAAAUGCGAAAACUUGAUGAUUCCAUCCAUGGAGAGAAAGAGCUUGCUGCUGCUGAACUUUUGUCAAACAUUGAUCAACUCUCUUUGCAGCACUCUGCCGCUGGUUCUUCUUUAGAUCUGGUCCAUGAGAGACAACGGAUUGAGGAGCAUUUUCGACGGGUCAGAGAGGAACGUCUGAAGAAUGUCACUGAGAGAUUAGCCAGUGACGAGAAGAUGAGGACAUCAAAGAUGGUGGAGAGACAGGGUCAAGAAAUGAUGUUGUUGAUUGCUGAGAAAGACAGAGAAUUUGACAAGAAUGCAUUGUUUGACCAUUCCACAAGACCACCAAUUCUUCCUCCUUCAUGUAAGAAAGUCCAGCUCUAUCGGUCACCAACUGUCUUUCGACAACUGGAUGAACGUGCUAUUGAGCUUGCAAAUCGGGAAUAUAACAAUUUCACUGAUCUUGUGCGUGACCUUACAAGAUAUUGCAAUACAGAAUUGGAAAAAGUCAGGGUUCUAUUUCGCUGGGUGAUAGCCAAAGAUCUCAACCGAAAUGCUGUCAAACAGAUCUUACAUCCAAAUUCUUCUCUAUCCUUGCUAAAAGGCGUGAAAAGUGGUAAAGAGAGUUAUCAUCAACUGUUUAAAAAACUUUGUAGCUUUGCUGGACUUAACUGUGAAAUUAUCAUCGGAUAUUCUAAAGGAGCUGGCUACAAACCAGGAAUGCGUAUCGAUGGUAAUGCAUUCCGAAACUCAUGGACAGCUGUGGCUAUUGAUGGGUCUUGGAGAUUUAUAAACUGUACAUGGGCUGCUAGACAUAUCUCUGGUCACAAAGAUGACCUACCUCAGGUGUUCCACACAUAUGAUGAAUUUUAUUUUCUGACCGACCCAGAAGACUAUAUUUACCAGCAUUAUCCGGAUGAAUCCAAUUGGCAGCUGCUAGACAUUCCUCUUCCAUUCUCCGAGUUUAUCAACUUACCUGUUGUUAAAUCUCCAUUCUUCAAUUAUGGACUCCGUUUUUACUCCAACUAUGGAGCUAGCAUUUCAACAGAUUCUGGGCUCAUUGAAAUCCGCCUUGUCAUGCCAAAGAUUCUCGGAUUUGGUUCAUUACUGGAACAUUUUGAGAAAAGCUCAGAUAAGAAAGAUCUAGAAGGAAGAUCCUUGCUGAGGCUUGUUAAAAACGAAGCUAUUUUUACAGUUAGUCUUCCUCAGCCAGGAAUCUACUAUUUCUCUAUUUAUACUGGAGAUUACUGGCAUUCAGAAUGUUUAGAAAGUGCCUGUUCUUUUCUCAUCAACUGCAAGAGACUUUUGGGUCCACCAGCACCGCCUUACCCACCUGUUCCUUUCUUUGGUGCAACCCCUGCCCUCGAAGAGUUAAACAUUACCAUGCAAUCUCAUCCAGAUCCUUUAAUAGUUUCCAACAAUGAAACCAUGGAAAUUGUAUUUCAUAUGGAUUCUAACAUCAAAAUAACGCACUCAUUCCAAUAUUUCGAUACGAAUGACGGUUCCAUUUCUGAUAUUGACCGAUAUGUUUUCCUUCGGUCACGAACAGAGAAAGAGACCACCUACCUGAUACGAUGUCCGAAGGAAGGUUUUUAUAUAUUCUCUUUGUAUGCAGCAGAUAGCAAAGCUGAUGCACAAACAUUAGACUGUGUUUACCGAUAUCUUGUAGUUUCACAAGAGCCAAACCCACUAGUAAAUGUAUUCCCAAAAACAUUCCACCGCUGGCAAAAAUGCACCCUAUACGAACCCCUUUCUGGAGACCUGCUGACAGGAAGGCGCUAUAUUUUUCGCCUUGAAGUACCACGGGCUGUAGAAGUGUUUGUUGUCAAUGGAGAGGUUUGGAGCCAUUUAAAACGACGGGUUGGACACACAUGGGAAGGGAGUGUGUUGAUGCCAAAUACAGCUGGUUUAACCAAAGUUUUUGCACGGUUCACAUUAGAACGGGAGUCUUCACUUUUUGCACAUUUGCUUGAUUAUGAACUAAUCGAAGAUGCCGAAACAGAAAUUUAAUUGCCAAAUAGAUUUGUAUAUAAAGAACAUUUAUAUUCUAUGUCUACUUAAUUCUAUCCAUUGAUAGGACAUUGUGAAGUGUUUUCUCUUCAUAUUUUGUGUCUUGCUUGACAGAAACUUUGAAAAUGAAUCAAAGCAACAAGUUCAAGUUAUACAAGCAUAUAUAUAUAUAUAUAUAUAUAUAUAGUCAAUAAUGAAUUAAAAGCAGCGCAGUAUGUGCAGUUGAUUGUAUAUAUAUAUACAUAUAUAUAUAUAUUUCUAGUAUAAGAUAUGGAUUCAGAGAAUCUUGUGGCUAUCACAGAAAGCUCUUCUUACAGAUUAGGCUAACAAUCCACAAAGCUAAUCCAAUGCAGAAAUGUGUAAUGUAGUGUCCAUGUGACUGAAAUCCAAAGAGUCUCAUUAGUAAAAUUAUUUCAUGAGUAGUAUAUAAACCAUAAAAAAUCAGAAGGUAUGAGAGGUGUCUAUAUGUGGCUAAAUAAAUAUAUUCACCUCUUUUAUGGUGUGUGUUUAUAAUAUAUAUUUGUAUGUAAUGUGUGUGUAUAUGCACAUAUGUAUAUAUAUAUAUAUAUAUAUAUAUAUAUAUAUAUAUAUAUAUAUAUAUAUAUACUAAAAAUCCAUAAGUCAGAAAAAAUAUGCACUCAUACAUUUGUCAAUAGAGUGGAUAUAUAAAUCAACGUGUACAGUACUACAGCUAAUAUUACUAAUUGGUUUUGCUGCAGGGAUUCAAUGGAGUGUUAGGUAACAGUCUGAUUAUGUAACCCUUCACUCUUCAGAGAUGGCACCAAAUGUGUCUUUUCACCUCCAGCAAUAGAGAGCAGGUGCCAUAUUUCAUUCCAUAACUGCUAUCACAGGAGAGCAAAGAGUUGCAUAAUUGGUCUGUUACCUAACAUCACAUUGAACUCCUAGUGCAAAACUGAGUGGUAAGAUUGAAUAUAUAAUGCUGUACACUUAGACUAACAUAUAUAUUUUUUUAUUUUAAUAUAUAUUUUAUAUAAAAAAUAUAUAUAUUUUCCAUAUUUAAUGAUUGAAGUAGAUAGUACUAUAAAUGUUAGCAUGCAUACAUUGGAUUAAAAUCCCUUUGGGUAGAAAAACUCAAAGACUGGCUUUGAAUUUUUCUAUCCAUUGCAUUUUUUAAAACCCAAUGUUUGCAUGCUAUUAUUUAUAGCCUUAUCUACUUCGAACUUACUCAUUAAAAAUGAAAUAUUUCAAGUUUCAAAAUUUGUAAAAUGCCAGCAAUAUAUAUAUGUAUUUGUAAAUAUGUAUGUGUGUGUGUGCGUGUGUGUUAGCGUUAAGAAGGGCACCCAGCUGUAGAAACCAUGCCAAAUCAGAUUAGAACCUGGUACAGCUUACCUGCUUUCAGUCACACCGUCCAACCCAUACCAGCAUGGAAAACGGACUUUAAAUGACAAUAUGAUUAUAUAAUUGUUGAAUGUUGAUGGCGAAAAGUGAGGGAACGUUUAAUGUUUGCCACACUGCAGUGUCGCUAUUAUAAGACAAAACUAAUGCAGCAAUUGCUGAGCAAAGCUCUGUCAGCUUUAGUUUGGUUCACAUUUUGUCAGCCGUCAUAUAUGUACAAAGAUUUAUACAUUCAUGUAUGCAUAUAUAUAUAUAUAUAUAUAUAUAUAUGUGUGUGUGUGUGUGUGUGUGUGUGUGUGUGUGCGUGCGUGCGCACACAUAUGUGUAUAUGAGUGUUAUACACAACAGCAAUGGACAACAUAUGCUUGUGGUCGUCCAGGCAGUUACUUAGCAAGAGUUCUGUCCCCCUUCAAGAACAAACUCUAUCCAGAAUGUUUACCUCAUCGGUGAUUAUGUGUCUAAAUAAAUAUGAAUCACUGGAAUUAAAACAGGUUAUACAUCUUAUGUUAUCUAUCA